UUCUAUGUAAAAUGUACAUAUAUUACCUUUGCUUUUCACCGCAGCGAUGAUUUAUAUAUAGCUUGCGCACAGAUGUGAGCAUUCUAAAGAUAACUGACACAGUAGCUCUACCUUUGGCCACAGCCUAAACGAAGCGUACUACAAUAACAGAUUCGUGUAUAUGAAGGAUCAAUAACCAUGCCUGGUCGUAACGCCAUUUUGUAACGGGUGAAAGAAGAACUACUUCGAAGCCACUGGGGUCUCAAUGUGUUGAAGGUACUUUUAGGGAUGACCCACGAGAAGAUGCCGUAUGAUUACCGUGACCAGGACCACGUAUACGCACCGGUUGUGACCAGUCAACCCUUCUAUCAGAUUGACGGACCGCCCGUCGUGGUUCGAGGAGAGAAAGCGCCAGAGAAUGGAUUAUGCUUGGCACUGUGCGUUUGCUGUUGUUUCAACUGUCCAUUUGGAGUUGUUGCACUAUGUCUUUCAUAUUUGUCUAGUAUGGAAUUCAAACUUGGCAGCGUGGACAAGGCCAAGAUGUACGGCAAGAUGUCUUUGGCCAUGAGCAUUACUGGGAUUAUAGUGUUGGCUGUCACAGCCAUCCUCGUGUCGUCAGUGUGGGGGUUUUGUUCCUGGAUUGUGGAGAUGAGAUGCCCGGGACUGAUUAGAUUUGCGUAUGUUCAAAAUGAGACUGUUGACAGCUGCCCUGCGCUGUAUUCAUUCGCAAAUCAACACUGCUAUCGGUACCACUGAGCGUCCCCCCAUAGUUAAGACAUUGCUAGUCCCAAACGUUAUGUGCGAAAAGGACUUAAUACAGGUGCUUAUAAUUAUUUCAGAAAGUCAAGCGAAGAAAUGAAAAGCGGACUAAUGUUUAACAUCUGAAAAUGAAACUAACCGAAAACAAAACUUCAUAAUUAUCUUUGUCAAUUUAUACAUACACUUAAAGUUCUCAUAACCAUGGGAAUUGGAAAGUCAGUUUGAGAACCGUUUACUGAUUCCUUGGAAUCAUUGUAUGAUUUUUGUGCCUUUUUUUCCGGCGUCAAAAAUGCUAAAUUAUGAGGUUCAUUGACAUUGUAAAAAAAAGGAAAAGCCGGAAAAAGAGCAGAGUGCCCGAUGGAAAAGUCUUCGACACAUCAUAUGAUGGGUCCAAUGAGCAAUGUUUCAUCACCAUAAUGAAAUAGACGUUAAAAUAUCAAAUCCAAUUUC